AUGCGAUUGGAAAAUGUAAGGGGCAAAUAGAAUAAUAACCGCAAAACCCUAAGACCCCGCCACUGUAUAAACGAGCCAAUCCACCCCCGCGCCGCCGCCGCUCUGCGCCACUUGCGUUUGCUCCUCUCCGCUUCCAAGAUGUCGAAGCGAGGACGUGGAGGUUCUGCUGGUAACAAGUUCCGGAUGUCGCUGGGUCUACCGGUGGCAGCCACUGUUAACUGUGCUGAUAACACUGGAGCCAAGAACCUGUACAUCAUUUCUGUGAAGGGAAUCAAAGGUCGCCUUAACAGGCUUCCUUCUGCCUGUGUUGGGGACAUGGUUAUGGCUACUGUGAAGAAGGGAAAGCCUGACCUCAGGAAGAAGGUAAUGCCAGCUGUCAUUGUGAGGCAGCGCAAGCCAUGGCGCCGAAAGGAUGGUGUCUACAUGUACUUUGAAGACAAUGCCGGAGUGAUUGUGAACCCAAAGGGAGAGAUGAAAGGUUCUGCUAUCACAGGACCUAUCGGGAAGGAGUGUGCUGAUCUGUGGCCCAGGAUUGCUAGUGCUGCAAAUGCUAUUGUCUAAUGGAAGCAGCCAGCUGAAGUUUAAUAGCAUUUCCUUGUGUUAAACUUUAAAAACUUUAAAGAGAGUACUUUAGCCUAGAGCUUUUGAUGGCCCUAAAGAAGUUUCCUGGAUGAUGUUUAUGCUGCUGGCAUGUCGCAGAGUUUUGUCUGAACUUUGUUGCUUAGCCUGACAUUUGGCAGAGUUAAAUCUUUAAGUUAGGUUUUGAUAUUGUGCGCUA